AAGAAUGCCAACAUGGAACCGUGGCAAGGACGAUGUUUUUGCCAGGCGUAACACGAGGGAAAGCUUCAAAAGUGCGGAUUGAAUCUUACGUUCUGGAAACAAAUAGCCACAUUGUUCGUAGAGAUCAGAGUCUAUAUUUCUCCCUGGAGUGUUUCACCACAUUCACCACUGUGAUCAGGACUUCGACAAAUGGUCUCGGUAAGUGACAAAGUGCUUACAAGUGACAGUGACUCACUGAGGACUGGUUCUCUGGCCACCGUCGCCUUGGGCGGUGUGGGCAGCAGCAGUGGGAAGUCCAGCGAUGCCUUCAGCAGCAUGACUCUGUGCGCCAGUCCCAGAAGCCCCGACGUGGGGGACAGUGGGCUCCUCCUCAGCUGCAGCCCUCCUGGAGAGCAGCAGCAGCAACAGCAGCCGCAGCAGCCAGAGGGGGAACAGUAUGGAGGGGGUGCGCCUCCUCCUCCUCACCUCCACACCUCCCCACUUCACCUCUACCUGAGCUCGUCCAGUGUGAGCCGAGAGGACAAGCCGCCGGACUUUGGGGUGCGGCUGGCGGAUGGCUUUGCACCCACGCUGGAGGACAUCGAGGAGUUCCUGAGGGAGAAGAUGGAACAGGUGAAGGAGGGGCUGCUGGGAGGAGCCGACGGCCAGAAUAACAUGAAGGAGGAGGCGGAUGAGGAUGAGGAAGAAGAGGAUGAAGAUGAUGAUGAUGAUGAGGAGGAGGACAUGGAUGGUGCUGAGAGCAGCACCACCCCUCCCUCUGCCUCCGCCUCUACUGACUCGCUGUCUCCGAGCCCGCCUGCCGACCAGAUGGCGCCCCUGAUCACCAUCUCGCCCUCCUCCUCUGCUGCUGCUGCUGCUGCUGCUCCGCUGCUGGUCGGCUCCCCCGUCCUCCUGCAGCUGCAGCCCCUCAACCCUAGCCCGGCGGCGGCAACGACAACCGGCCUGCGCGUGGCACACCUGCUGGUGGCAGCCGGUGUCCCCAACACCCAGAACUUUAUGGUGCUGUCGUCGCCACAGCAGCAGGGGCCUGGGCAGACCGCAAUCGCCGGGACCCCCACCCUGCUCUCCUUCCCGGGCGGGCCAGACCAGAAGUACGUUAAGAUCGCCCCCUUGCCCCUCACGGUGCGGGCGGUGGGCGUGACAGGGGCCAGCCUGAUGAAGGCCAUCCCCGCCCGACCCUCCUCCCGGCCCGCCUCGGAGAUGAUGCGCGUGCACAAGUGCUCGCACCCCGGCUGCGAGAAGAUGUACACCAAGAGCAGCCAUCUGAAGGCCCACUUCCGCCGUCACACGGGAGAGAAACCCUACCAGUGCAGUUGGCCCGACUGCGGAUGGAGGUUCUCUCGAUCUGACGAGCUUUCCCGCCACAGGCGCUCCCACUCCGGAGUGAAGCCGUACGGCUGCACCUUCUGUGACAAGAAGUUUGCCCGCAGUGACCACCUGUCCAAGCACACCAAGGUCCACCGCAGCCCUCGGCCCGGGCGGCUGGUGAGGGCCAGCUUCUGAGGAGUCUGCCUCUCUCUCUCUCUCCCAGGCCCUCGAGCCUGGCAGGCUGGUAAGGGGUCAGCGCCUCUUGGUCCCUCUUUAGGCCCGGCUGGGUAGUGUGCCUGGGCCAGCUUCUGAGGUGCUUCUCUCUCUCUUUUGGGCCUGGACUGGACUGAGACUCUAGCCACUCUUGCCCCUGCAGGGUAACCCCCCUGCAGGAUGGGACUGCCUUGGUGCUCCUCUGAAAGGGGCACCCUGCAAUGCGUAUGACAACAAAACAAGCUAAACAAAACAAAAAAAACAGAUGUUACACUAUGUAUCCAUGGUGCUCUUGUAGGUCAGAAAAGAAGAAAGGAGACAUUUGUGACACCGCCACCCUCCUAACGCCCCCAUCCUGCACCACCCUCAUUUGUGUAGCAGUGAACAAGAUGGUUACCAUAUUUUCCUCCAGUGUUACAGCCAUAUCACCUAAACUCACCUAGGGAUGUGAAACAAUUGUUCAACUCUGACUUCCAACACUGUAGCUUUAGUGACAUGCCUGGAUAAGCUAGCUCAGCAAGUGGUAAAAUUGUGGGGUUUAGAGUCUAAACUCCUUUUUAAGACAUCGCAGUUUCCUGUUUGGCUUGAUUUGUAAGUACAUCACAAGUGAUGUAAAUUGUUGGAGUACUCCAGAGCUCUUAUCCGUUAAUACUGGUGAAGGCAGAUGUAAAUGCAGUUAAUCCGGUAGAGAAGGUAAAAGUCCUUCCUCGUAUUUCCCACAGUCCAUGCUCAGUGAGGGAUAUUAAUUAUGUUCAAAAGGAAAAUGGGUACCAGUAUGUUAAAACAUGGCCACAACUUACUGUGUUUGCUGAGCAAAACUACACCAGUCAGUUGCAUUUAUCACCACACAUUUUUACCAUUUUGGUUGACCGGGAGGAACUGGAACUUUUAUAAUCAAUUGAAGAAAGGUCUAAGAACCCAUUUCUUGGUAGUAUAUCAAGGAUCUUUAUGUCCUAAAACAGGGCAGCAAGAACUUAAUGAGUUUAAAAUGUAUCCAUGUGUUAUAACAACAGCACUUAAAGAGUGCAGCACUCCCACAACCAGCUCAGAUCAGCCCCAAAAAAGGAACCCUCUCCAGCCAUGCUGCGUACCAAUUUGCUGUCAAGAUUUCAGAACAUUAUGGGCAUACAUUGUCAAAUUAUUUAGGAAACUCACAAACCCUGGCGUAAAUAUGACCCGUCAAGGAAAGUUUUACCGGUGGUCAACAUCCACGGCUUUUAGUCGCUGCCAUGUUGAGAAACCAUACAUGCCCAUAUCCAUUUUAGAUUCGAUUUGGAGCAGCACUUCAUAAAAAGUAUUUUUCCUUAUUAGCUGAGGAGUUGGGCUUUGUGUGGCCAGUUGGUUCAUUGAAUUGGCUGGAACAAAAUAUGGCAGGACUUUCACUAGGAAUGACAUCUGCUGAUCCCAGUGUGUAGUUUGUGUCUUUGUCUGCACAGCCUCAAUAGUGCGAAAAUCUGGUCAUUGGAAACACAGAAUAGGAUCGCGAGACAUGUACAAUCACUAAGAAAGACCAGAAUGUUAACUACUAAUGUUAACUACCUCCAGUCACUGAUUGUUUUCGAAAGUUUUGGUAAAUUGGUUUAGCGUUCAUAGCACUAACCUCAUCAAGAUGGACUGGUAAUGUAGGUAUUAUUAUGGCGCUGCUUUAAAGGCUUCUAGUAGUGGCCCACUGCAAGCUGCACACGGUUGUGUGAGGAUGUAUUAGUUUGAGAUCAAUCAAGGCCAGCAUGCCGUGUUGGUGCAUGUCCUCAAAGGGUUUUGUUUGUGAUUACCUUGAGGGGAAGACGCUCAUGAACUGCUAUACUUGAUUGCACUAAAACCACAAUGUGUAAGUGUAACAAUGUUAUAAAAGGUGGAGAAUAUCUCGACAGAGGUCGGUUUUGGAAAAAGUGACUGUCCAAACUGGGCUGGAAAAGUUUUCAAAACAAUGUAACCUCUGCUACACACCAUUAAAUGAAACAAAUGGCUUUAGAUUCACAAAUAAGCUCUUGUUAGACCGUCGGGUAUGGUCUUUCAAAACACGGACAGAUGCACUAAAAUAAUCGCCUUUUUAACAUGCAAUUCCCAGAAGUGUGUUUUUCUCAUCCACAAAUAUGUGUCCUUUCCUUCAUAGUGAAGUACAUAAGUGCUCUUCAGAAGCUGUUGGCCAUUUUUCCUUAACCUCCAUGAUGUCCGUUUUGUCCAGCUUCCGUUUUCCCAUUGAGUCCCUACUAGAUUGCCGUAAAUGUAUUUUUUUGUACUGUAAACUUAGUCCUUUCCAGAUACAGUCUUUUGUGAAAAAAUAAGCAGUCCGGGAAAGGCCAUCACACUCAGAAUACACUAAAUCAAGUGGGAUGCUUUGGCAACGAAGGUGAACCUUGUCAUCUAAAAGUCCAACUCAAGUACUGUAUGGGUUUAUAAGCUAUUGUUUUUUUUUUCAUUGUUAGAUUAUAUCAAUGUGUAUUUUUUGCAUAUGCCAUCAUGUUCUUCUAUUGUAUCUGUAACUUUUAGUUUUGUCUUUGUUAACGUCCGUAAUUUCUGAUAGGCUGAUAAGACAUCAUUUUGUACACUGAUUCUCGGUCUGGCAGCUGAUCGUGUUAUGUCGAAAUGAAGCUAUCUGGCAACACUUUUAUCUGAUUAAGCUAUGUAACAGAAAACCAGAAAAUGUCAAGGCAUUUAUUUCCCCUCGCCUUGAAGAAUCAUGGUUCUGUUCCAGUGGAGGUCUGCUCCAGGACUCCUGGAGGGGGGGAAACCGUUGUUAAUCACUGCAACCUGAAAAGUGCACUUACCUGAUGGCAGGCAGGUGUGGUGGAAACUUCGUACAGUAAUCUCUUCUUGCCCAAUGAAUGUGGUCUGUGUGACAAGAGAUGUGACCAUGUUAUAGCUGGCUUGACGUUAGACGGCUCCUGGUGUUGGAAUGCAGAACUGGGCUGACAUAGGAGUAGCACUUUUAACCUAUCUACAAAAAUGGUUCCUUUGUCUCUGUCGUCAACAUAUACGUUUCAGAGAGCAGUGACAAGAGGUGCUCAUGUCUGUCCUGUGUGAAACUAAUGCAAAUGCCAAAUGCAAUCCCUUCAAAAACCUCCCUUUUCUUUGCCUUACCAGGAGUCAUGCUGCCCACUUUAACUGUACUCAUUAACAAAGCCAUCAGAUGUAGCCACUCUACUGUAGAGAUGGCGGAAUACAGUAUAGGUUCUAUUUUUGAACAUGUCAAAAGCUAUUUUCCUAUGUAUAAUAAAUAAAAACACAAACA